AGCCCUGGAUUCUCACAGGGAGAGGGAGGGGGCGGGGGGGGGAGCUCUUUCCUUCUUUCCAUCCAACUGUCGUGCCAGCGUGUGGCAGGCUCGGGCCCUGUCCACUCGUCUUCCUAACGCUCGGUGGGCACCGCCCCCCGCGCCAUCACUUAGACCUCCCCGUCUCUCCCGCCCGCAGGUUAUAAUGGGGAUUCUCCUGCCCCCCACCAUCUUGCUUCUGGAAUUCCGCGCCUACGACGACUUCUCUUACCAAACGUCCAAGGAGAACGAAGACGGCAAAGAGAAGGAGGAGGAGAGUGUGGACCCGAACGCGGACGCUGGCUCCAGAAAGGGGGACGAGGAGAGCGAGCACAGGAAGCAGCGGAGGAUCCCCAUCGGGACCAAGAUCUGCGAGUUCUACAACGCGCCCAUCGUCAAGUUCUGGUUUUAA